CAUUGUGGGAGCCUGCUGGUAGGACUUGGAAGAUGAACGUUCCAUGUUUGCUGAAGGCUAGAGGAAAGUGGAGAGGCUUACCAGUUACAUUGAAGUCAUCCCUAUUCCAAGAUCUACAUGAUUUCUGCUGUCGGAAAAAAUCCACUAAACCUAAAAGAAUUAUUACUAGUUUUGGUGAAAAUGCAAAGGAGUCUGGAAAUGUACUUAGUAAGGUCUUCUCUUCAGAAGAACAAGCUUCCAUCCUGCAUGUGUUGAAUACAGCAUCUAACAAAGAACUUGAAGCCUUCAAAUUGCUUCGUGGAAGAAAGUCCAUCAAUAUUGUAGAGCACAGAGAAAAGUAUGGGCCAUUUCAGAAUUCAGAGAGCUUGAUUAAUGUGCCUUUGUUCCAGUAUAAAACUGUCAUUCAAGUUUGUAACUCAAUUCUUUGUCCAGAGACUGGACAGAAAAAAAAAAGUCCAGAAAGCCAGCAGUUAAGAAACCUCAUCAAACCAAACAUAGAAAGAGAAAGACUUAAGGCAACUAACAGUAUCGUGUCUGUUGUUUUUGGUACUCGAAGAAUUGCGUGGACUCACCUUGAUCGUACACUGGCAGUGCUGGACUGGCAGCACAGUGACUGUUGGAAAUUAAGGAGUAAAACAAACCCGUCAUCAGUUUAUUUAGAAGAGAUUUCUUCAAUCAUUUCAAAGAUGCCAAAAGCAGACUUCUAUGUUUUGGAAAAGACAGCACUUUCGAUUCAGAACUCAACUCUGUUCCCCAUUCUGUUACACUUUCACAUCACAGAAGCCAUGCUGUAUGCCUUGCUAAAUACAACUUAGGCCCAGAAUGGCCAACAUCAGGUACUGAGCAUAAGUCGAAAUGCAGUGGGGAAGCACUUUGAACUGAUGAUUGGUGACUCUCGAACUAGUGGAAAAGAGCUAGUCAAGCAGUUCAUAUCGGACUCUGUGCUGAAGGCGGAGCCUCGGGUGUUCUUCCCGAGGGAUAAAGUAGUGCAAUAUAGAGAGAGAUUUUUAUCUAACUCACACAGAAUAGAAGAGUUAUAUGAUUCAUUAUUACAAGCUGUUGCUUUCUAUGAAUUAGCAGUUUUUGACACUGGCUCUUAGAAUCCUGAGUUAAUGUGAUUCCUCUAAUGUUAUGUUUAUAAACUGAUAUUGUCAAACCAGCUGUUCUGAACAUUCAUGUUAAAGAAGAA